AUGGACAGUGGAGACGAGUUUUUCUUCCAUCACUUCCUUUGUUCAUCGGACGAUUCGUCGUCGGAUGAUGAAGAUCUUGUGGUGGCUGCAUUGGUCGUUCAUGACCACAUUCAACGGCAGCUUCCUCGGUACAGGGGGUCAGUCCCUGGCCGUGCUCCCAACCUGAACCGCAACAGGGAGAGAGGCCACGCCCUGCUCUAUGCCGAUUACUUUGCCAACACCCCGCUCUUCAAGCCGGGAGUGGUUGCUCAUGACCCAUACUUCGAGUGCAAGACGGAUGCCCUUGGCAAGCUUGGAUUCUCCUCUUACCAGAAAUGCACCGCGGCCAUCCGCAUGCUUGCAUAUGGAAUUCCAGGCGAUCUGGUGAAUGAGUAUGUGCGUAUGAGUGAGACAACAUGUCUGAUGUCAAUGUACAAGUUUUGCCAGGCUGUGAUCGAGGUGUUUGGCCCAGAGUACUUGAGGCAGCCAACUGCCGCUAAUACAGAGAGAUUGUUGGCGACCAACGCAGCUAGAGGCUUUCCAGGCAUGCUUGGCAUCAUAGAUUGUAUGCACUGGGAGUGGAAGAACUGUCCAUUUGCUUGGCAGGGCCAGUACAAGGGGCAUGUCAACGGGUGCACUGUCAUAUUAGAAGCGGUGGCAUCGCAGGAUCUUUGGAUAUGGCAUUCUUUCUUCGGCAUGGCAGGUUCUCACAAUGAUAUCAACGUGCUGCAGCAUUCUCCAGUCUUCGCGAGGCUUGCAGAAGGCCACUCCCCACCUGUCAACUUUGAGAUCAACGGCCACCAGUACAACAAGGGAUACUAUCUAGCAGAUGGUAUAUAUUCUCAGUGGUCAACUUUUGUGAAGACAAUCUCGAAACCCCAAGGUGAGAAGAGAAAGAGAUUUGCCCAAAUGCAAGAGAGUGUUAAAAAGGAUGUGGAACGUGCUUUUGGUGUGCUUCAAUCUUGA